AUGAGCCGGCACACCUGUUUGGCUGCAGCGGCGCUGCUGGUAGUGUUUUGCGUUGCAGAAGCACAAAGAAGAUUGGCACUUCCAGACCCACGGAGUUGUGCUAAUAGGGUUCGCCACUCAACAUACAGGGAUGGUCGUGGAGUGCUCCAUUCAUACUUCUUCAGUUGGGAACACGGACCCACCCGCAAUUUGGAAGUGGACUGGUUAGACGCCAGGAACAUCUGCCGUCGUCACUGUAUGGACGCCGUCUCACUGGAGACCCCUCAGGAAAAUGAAUUCAUAAAGCAGAGGAUCGCAGCGGGCAACGUGCGGUACAUUUGGACUUCUGGUCGUAAAUGUAACUUCGCGGGUUGCGACCGUACCGACCUCCAGCCCCCGAAUGUAAACGGUUGGUUCUGGUCCGGUUCCGGAGCAAAGAUUGGACCCACUACUCAAAGGAACACCGGAGAUUGGUCUUACACCGGCGGGUAUGGACAGCAACAACCUGACAACCGUGAGGCUGCACAAGGCAAUGACGAAUCUUGUUUAGCAAUCUUAAACAACUUCUACAACGACGGUGUCAAAUGGCACGACGUGGCCUGUCACCACGUGAAACCUUUUGUCUGUGAAGACAGUGAAGAACUGCUUAACUUCGUGAAGUCGCGUAACCCCGGCCUACGCCUAUGA